AGUCUACUUUCCAGGGGUGAGCAAGCCCGAGACACUAUCUCCUGGAUGCCAGUGAGCGGCUGACAGCUGAAGCUCCCUGGACACUCAAGGCUCUUGUGGUGACAGUCUGGCGUAAAGGCGUGCAGGGAGGCCUAGCUCUGUCUCCUGGACUUAGAGAUUUCAGACACAGAAGUCUGUCCAUGGCUCCUUGUCACAUCCGCAAAUACCAGGAGAGCGACCGCCAGUGGGUUGUGGGCUUGCUCUCCCGGGGGAUGGCCGAGCAUGCCCCAGCCACCUUCCGGCAAUUGCUGAAGCUGCCUCGAACCCUCAUACUCUUACUUGGGGGGCCCCUCGCCCUAUUCCUGGUCUCUGGAUCCUGGCUGCUGGCCCUCGUGUUCAGCAUCAGCCUCUUCCCUGCCCUGUGGUUCCUUGCCAAAAAACCCUGGACGCAGUAUGUAGACAUGACAUUGUGCACAGACAUGUCUGACAUUACCAAAUCCUACCUGAGUGAGCACGGCUCCUGCUUCUGGGUGGCUGAGUCUGAAGAGAAGGUGGUGGGCAUGGUAGGAGCUCUGCCUGUUGAUGAUCCCACCUUGAGGGAGAAGCGGUUGCAGCUGUUUCAUCUCUUUGUGGACAGUGAGCACCGUCGUCAGGGGAUAGCAAAAGCCCUGGUCAGGACUGUCCUCCAGUUUGCCCGGGAACAGGGCUACAGUGAAGUUAUCCUGGACACCGGCACCAUCCAGCUCUCUGCUAUGGCCCUCUACCAGAGCAUGGGCUUCAAGAAGACGGGCCAGUCCUUCUUCUGUGUGUGGGCCAGGCUAGUGGCUCUUCAUACAGUUCAUUUCAUCUACCACCUCCCUUCUUCUAAGGUAGGGAGUCUGUGAUCUCUUUCUGUGUGUAUUGGUCAGAAUAGAAUCCAUUCAGCUGUAGCAGCAAGCAAUCCCCAACCUUUCACUGCAAUGACCUUUCAAUGCAAUAAAAGCUUAUUGUCCAUUCA